AUUUAGCUUGCAAACGAGGUUGUAAUUCCAAAUAACGGAAUGUUGUGAAAUUCUCUCUUCUACUAAUUGAUGAUGAACUUAUUUCGUUUUUUAUUAGCAACGACAGCUUUUUUGGCUGUUCGCUUGAAUAUUGCCCACACCAAGGAAUGGUGGGAAAAUGGCAAUUACUAUCAAAUUUAUCCGCGCUCAUUUCGUGAUAGUAACGGUGAUGGAAUCGGUGAUCUAAAUGGAAUUACUGAGAGACUGCAAUACCUAAAAGAUAUUGGCUUCACUGCUGCCUGGCUUUCGCCUAUUUUCAAGUCUCCUAUGAUUGACUUUGGCUACGACAUCUCCGACUUCUAUGCCAUACACUCCGAAUACGGUACUAUGGAGGAUUUCAAAGCGCUCGUUGCACGCGCCAAACAACUCGACAUUCGCAUUAUACUCGACUUUGUGCCAAAUCAUACUAGCGAUGAGUGCGAGUGGUUUGAGAAAUCGGUUAAUCGUGAACCAGGUUAUGAAGACUUUUACGUUUGGCACAAUGGCACUGUGGAUGCCAACGGCAAGCGACAGCCUCCCAGCAAUUGGAUAAGCGCUUUCCGCUACAGCGCCUGGGAAUGGAAUGAGAAGCGGCAGCAAUACUAUCUGCAUCAGUUCGCAAUCAAGCAAGCGGAUUUGAAUUUUCGUAACCCAUUGGUAGUGGCUAAGAUGAAGGAAGUGAUGCGUUAUUGGUUGGAUACAGGCAUAUCAGGAUUUCGUAUUGACGCUUUGCCUUUCAUGUUCGAAAAGGCACCAGAUGCGAAUGGCAACUUCCUCGAUGAGCCAGUUAUUGACGAUGUAAGCAUUUGCCCUGAUCCAGACGAUUGGUGUCACUUGAAUCACACAUACACACUAGAUCAACCUGAGUCCAUUGAAAUGGUAUAUCAGUGGCGUGAAUUGGUAGAGCAGUAUAGGAAGCAGAAAGGUGGUGAGCCACGCGUACUAUUGACGGAGGCCUACACGACUUUUGAUAACUUGAUGUUGUACUAUGGUGAUGGUGAAAGAAAUGGGUCGAUGGUGCCAUUCAAUUUUUAUUUCAUGAACAGCUUAAAGAAUCAGUCAACAGCGCAGGAAAUAGUUGAUAUCAUUUCGCGUUGGAUGAACAGCAUGCCGGAUGGUGUAUUGGCUAACUGGGUGUUGGGUAAUCACGAUAAUCCACGCUAUUCCACUCGGUUGGGAGUACAGCGUGCCGAUUUGUUUACAAUAUUGCUGCAGACCUUGCCGGGCAAUGCUGUGACUUAUUAUGGCGAGGAAAUCUGCAUGACAGAUGGCAAAAUAACCUGGGAGCAAACGGUCGAUCCGUCGGGCUGCAAUGCUAAUCCCAGUAACUACGAGAGUUACUCGCGCGAUCCUUGUCGCACACCCUACCAGUGGGAUGCCUCCAAAAAUGCCGGCUUUUCCGACGCCGACAACACUUGGCUGCCGGUCGCUGGUAAUUAUCGCACAAAUAAUGCGCUGGCCCAAUUACGCGCACCAAAAAGUCAUCUACAAAUAUUUAUGAAAUUAAUUCGCCUACGUAAAUUACGCUCGCUGCAAGAUGGUCCACUUAAGAUAAAAGCAAUUGGCAAUGACAUUAUCAUCUACUCGCGUGAAGCGCCGGGUGAUGCUAUGUACGUAAUUGUGCUGAAUCUUGGCGCCAGAGAGCAGAGUUUGAAUAUCAAUCAACACUUUGAUAUGGGUCGACAAGCUGAGGUGAUUACUUCUUCGUUGCAAUCAGCUUAUAAUGAUGGUGAUAUCCUCGAUCCGAGCAAAUAUAUGGCUGAGCCUUAUGUGGGCGUAGUUUUGGUAAAAAUUUAAAGUCCCCAGUUCCGUAUACUAAUUAACGUUCACUUAGAAAUAAAUAUAUUUAUAUUUGUGCCUCUAUAUGUAAAAUUGCAAUGUGUUUUUUUUUUGAUAAUAGCAAGCAAGCUUUAAAAUUUUUUUUUAACUUCAAAAAUUCAGCAUCACCGAAUUAAAAUAAAAUCUAAAUCUC